AUGGCCUCUCGGAGACUAAACUCACAGGACCGGAGCCAUUCACAGACAAAAACAAAUCCACGUGAGCYACGCGAUGAGUGUAUGCGACUCCCAAAGACAACCUUGUCAGAACAACGAGCUCUGCGACCAAAGCCAUUGAAUCUGCCAAUCAAGCCUUCAACAUCUCCGCCCAUUCCCAAGGCUCCGCCACCUUCGAGAACAGAGAGUCUAUCAUUUGAAAGCCCUCGCGAUCCAGAGAUUGUAGACUCUGCAUGGCCUCGUGGAGAUGCGCCCAAAGUCUUGCCGAAUGGACGUAUGCAUUCGCCCAGCAUCGUCUCCCAACAAAGCGGACGACAAUCGGAGAUCUCCCUUGGCAUAUUGGACUACUACCUACGUGAUACCUCACCAUCAAUAGUCAGCCCAGAACUACCAUCCACGCCCAAAUUCGACCAGUCGGCCGAUCGCUUCGACUUUGGAGUACCCAAUACACCAACACCUCUACAGACGAAUAACGGCAUACAUGCAAGCACAAAAGCAGGCGCCGAACGCAAACAACUCCCUCCAUUACCCACCACAGUCCCCAACACGCCCAAAGAUCCCAAUCCCAGCAAUAAAGCCUACCGUCUCUUCCCCGUCGUCCAACAAGUGACACCCCCAGCCCGAUAUCCCGCAAUAACAAUCAUCGACCCAGUCCCCUUCCGCGAUUUCCCCCCAACAACAACAACAACAACAAGCACGAAACCCUCCACCACCACACCCUUCCAUCCCCAACCAGAUGCAUCCUACCGCCCCAGGAAAGAAAGCAUCUCCAGUUCAGCGCGCAGUCGAGCGGAUAGCACCAAUUCCUUUUCUUUCCGGCGCGAUCGAAAAGAUAGCCUUAUUCCUCUACGUAUCCUCUCYUCUGGAAGCACCACAACAGCCACAACAUCAAUCAGUAAUGGAAGAACAAUCUCCACCUCCACAACUCUCGCGGGGAAUUCCUCCCCUUCUGAAACAGCAGCAGCAACAGCGGAAUCUUACAGCCGCUGGUCAGACGAAACCAUAACCUCCCCAUUAUCAUCCUCAUCAUCCAUGACACAAACUCCCGGGACGACACGCACUUCUUUCGRCUCGUUGUUAUUAACUCGGCAACAGCGGCAGCAGCAGCAGCAGAAUGAAACGCAGUAUCCGGAUUGUUUCUUUGAGGAUGAUGAGGAGGAGGAUGCACCGUUAAGGAGGAAAUUUGCGUGGAAGAAGAAGUCUAUGGGAGGGUGUUCUUUGGAGGGGAGUAGGAGGAGGAGGAGGUCGCUGGGGAGGUUUGAUGAGGUGGAGAGGAAUUGGGGGUGGAGGGUUAUUGGGGUUAUGUUUUGUGGGUGUGUUGGGAGGUGA